GAUACCUAAAUUCACCUCACUAUCAUUCUCUAUUAAACCAUGUGUCGAAGUGAAACAGGCCACAAACCGGUCUGUUACUACCCCCCAAAGACCCCUUUUUAGCGACAGUCGCCGCUAACAUUAGCUAGCUUGCUAACGUAAAUCAAAUAAAUAAAUAAAGGCACGACUCGGCUCGGAAGUUAGCCAGCCGCAGGCAGCAUGAAGCGCACGGGGAGGAGACGGAGCUCUGUGUGGGACUGCUUUGAACAAGAGGGGAACUUCGUCCGCUGCAUGAAAUGUGACGCCACGCUGAAGUACUGCGGCGGAGCCACCAGCUCCAUGAUCAACCACAUGAGCAGGUUCCACCCGUCCACUCCACCGCUAGACGAAGACGAGAAGCCGCUCAUUUGCACCGUGCAGUGCAACGAGGAGGACAACGCCGCUAAUUCGGACAUCAUGCAGAUUGCUAUCAUGUCACCCAGCAGCAACCCCCCCGAGCGUGACUCUGGAGAGAGGAAGCGCCUGAAGCGGAGCUCCGUUUGGGAUAUUUUCAUCAAAGUGGACGACGAGGUUCACUGCACGAUGUGCGACACCAAGCUGAAAUACAGGAGCAGCACCACCAGCAUGAUGUACCACAUCAAGAACAAGCACCCGGACACUAUGCCCAAUGAUGGCGUGUCAGUGGCGACACAUGCAGAGGUGACUGAACUCAUCUCCAGAAUGAUCGAGAAGGACAUGCUUCCCAUCAGCGUGGUCAGCGGUGAUGGGUUUCGUGAGCUGCUUGCAUACACUGUGCACAAUUAUAAAAUGCCAUCUCCUGGAGAUAUCACGCGUCUUAUUGAAGGCCAUUUCCAUGAGAAAGCAGAGGAGCUUGCGAUGCAGCUGGGCAGAGUGGAGAAAGUGGCUCUCACUGCUGAUUUCUGGACAGCCCUCCCAUUUCAGAGGUACAUCACAGUUUUCUGUUCGUUCAUCACAGAGGACUGGCAGGGGAGGUCAGCUGUGCUGCAGACGCACAAGCUGUCAUCAGACAGCCACAUUAGUACAGCCAGUGUCACAGAGAGGCUUCUCAACACCGUGCAGAACUGGGGUAUUGCUGGGAAAGUGACUGCAUGUGUUCAUAACAACACACAGGACAUCCUGUCAGCCCGUGUCACCUGGGACUACGCCACUUGCUUUGCCACCACAUUGCAGCUCGCAGUCAGCGACGGGCUGAGCGAUGAUCUAGUCCGCAUCAUUGUUGCUGCAGGCAAACUAGUCAGGCACUUCAAUCACAACUUGCUGGCAAGUGAGGCCUUGGAGCAGAAGCAAGUUCAGAUGUGCCUGCCACAGCACAAGCUCAUCCGGUCCAGCAAAGCCAGAUGGGACACGAUCUGCGAUAUGUUUGAACGGCUACUUGAGCAACGGUGGGCAAUUAAAGCUGUCCUCUCUGAUCGCACAGUCACCAACAGACAGGAAGCCCAGGUCCUUGAGAUUGAAGAUGACUGCUGGCAAAUAAUUGAGAAUUUCACACCUGUGCUGGCAACGCUGAAAUGGGCAACAACGGUCAUAUCUGCUGAGACGGAGGUGUCAAUUUCAAACAUCUACCCGAUCACGUUCAGCCUCAUUCAGACUCACCUUGGGCCAAGAGAGAGUGACAUUGAACAAGUCUCUGAGUUCAAGGUGAAAGUUCAGAAGUCACUUAGAAAUCACAUGGAGGUUGACUCGAACGACCUCGCCUCCAAACCAGCCCUGAUUGCCUCUAUGCUGGACCCCCGUCACAAACAUCUCAGCUUCCUGACGCCGACGGGGAGACUGGCUGCCAAGGUUAAACUGCAUGAACUGGUUUCAAAAUUAGAUGUCAUAACUACUACAGUGGGCCCAAAGGAUGAGCAGCAGGAGACCCUGAUCACACCUGACAUUAGCCAGGUGGCUAUGCCCUCACAAAUGAGAAGCAACACCAAAAACACCAUGAUGUUGCUUCUAGGAGACAACUACAGUUCCUCCUAUGCCACAGACUCUGAGGCUCAGGUAGAUUACUACUUGAGAGACAUCGCGCCCUCGCUGGACAUAAACCCUCUGGACUGGUGGAAGGUAAAUGGACCGAGAUUCCCGAAACUGGCCACUCUGGCGAGACACUAUUUGUGUGUGCCUGGUGUAUCACUGCCAUCUCUAUUGUCCGAGGCUGGACAAACAUUUGCCACAAUGCGUACAAGACUGAGCCCAGAGCAUGUUGACAUGAUGAUCUUUGUAAACAGAAAUGCAUAACUUGCAUGACCACACAUGAUGGAGACAUACCUCCAAAUACUAGAGUAAGAUUACUGUAGUGCAGCUACUGGAUAUGCUGCUGCAAAUAAUGCUACAAACAUUCUGUCAAUAAUAACUUUUUCUCCCAAUAGUUGCUGUGAACUGAGCUGCAGUCAAAUACUUAACUACACCUAAAGGCGUUUCCCAGCACUAAAACCCAGGAUUUGUCUCAUCGCCUCACUUCACUGAUGGCUGACAUUCCUGGUUUAAAACAGUGGACAGGAGGCCAGUAGUACAAUUAUGUCAGUUGUAUCUGAGCAAACACACUGUGACUUCGAAUCCUCGCCAUUCAACAAUCAUCAGGCAAGCGCCUGGAGGAGGCUGCUAACAGCGCAUCAAACUGCAGUAUUUUAUAUGCCUCGGUAACACUGGUAUUACGUUUUGUACAUUAUGGUUACAGACACAUUUAUUAAAUUAGAUUUCUUUGCAAUAGACUAUAAAUCAAGCUAAAAACCACAAGGACAAACAUGAUGAAGAAAAGUGUCCCUUUCUAACUGACAGCAUACUGAAUAUUUGGUCAAGUUUCUAUCCGUAUUGAUAAUACAAACUAACCACGAUAUAAUCACCAGUAUUAAUGUGAUGUCUGUUGUUUCUCUCAGUAUGAUAAAAUACAUACAGCUCCA